AUGCCACUGUUCAAAUGCUCAAAAGAAGAAUUAAACCUUGGAGCAGUGCUGUUAGGUGGCCAGUCAUUCAGAUGGAAAAAGUUGGUAGAAAUUGAUAGUGAAAAUGUCGCUCCUUCAUCAGAUGGUGUAUUUUUUGGUGUUGCUAAGCAUCGGGUGUGGAAAGUUUGGAGAGAGACUGAUGAACAAUUAGGUUAUGAAGUGCUGGCAAAGUUUUCGAAAGCUCGUGGCGAUGAUUUGGAUCUUAAUAUCGAACUAGCGCCAUUAUAUAAAUUCUGGACCGAAAAUGAUAAGCAUUUCGCUCAUCUUAUGGCGAAUCAUCAGACGAAGUUGGAAGGAAUUCGUGUCCUUGGGCAAGAUCCAUUGGAAACUGUUUUUGUGUUCAUUUGUUCUGCAAAUAAUCACAUCCGACGUAUUACAAACAUGGUUGAGACAUUGUGUAAGCUGUACGGCGAAAGUACUAAUGUUUCUUGUUUGAAUGGCAGUAAGACAUUUUAUGAUUUCGCUGAUCCAAAACGCAUGACUGAUGAUCCUGCAUUAGAAACAGUUUUGCGGGAAAAUAACGGGGAACAAUAUCUGGAAAAUUUGUCGAAAGGUACUUACGAAGAUGCAGUGGAAGAACUUCAACAAAUACGAGGGAUUGGAGCAAAGGCAAGUUUAUUUACGUUGUUCGACUGCAUAUGUUUAAUGGGACUACGCAUGCAUUCUGUUGUACCAAUUGAUACCCAUACAUUACAAAUUACAGCAGAAAAUUAUUUGAAAACUUUGUCGCAAAGAAAAUUUUUACGAGGGAAAGAUCGACAACAAAUUGCAGCUGUUUGGCAAGAAAUAUUUGGCCCAUACGCCGGUUGGGCUCAAGCCGUUUUAUUCACAUCACAUUUGCGACAGAUGAAUAUCAGGCAGCCAGCAAAAAAGAGACCAUCGAAGAUAAAAACACAAAAUGUGGAAAAAAGUGAUCCAAAUAAAUUCGGUAUCUGCGCAAACUUAGUUUAUCAUGAAGCGUCCGAACCAGUGUUCUAG